ACUCCCUCUGACAUCCAACAACCUGAGAGACCUAUCGGAUACGGAGCUUUCGGAGUAGUCUGGUCGGUGACAGACCCCCGCGAUGGGAAACGGGUGGCCCUCAAGAAGAUGCCCAAUGUAUUCCAGAAUUACGUCUCGUGUCGUCGAGUAUUCCGGGAGAUUCGCAUGCUUUGCUCAUUCAAACACGACAAUGUCCUUUCCGCGCUUGAUAUCCUGCAACCCCCGCACAUCGAUUUCUUCCAAGAAAUAUAUGUGACGACGGAAUUGAUGCAGAGCGACCUGCACAAAAUAAUAGUUUCGGGCCAACUUCUGACGACAGAUCACGUCAAGGUGUUCCUCUAUCAGAUUCUGCGGGGCCUCAAAUAUUUGCACAGUAGCGGAAUUCUCCAUCGAGAUAUAAAACCUGGGAACCUCUUGGUGAACUCGAACUGCGUUUUGAAGAUCUGCGACUUCGGUCUAGCCCGCUGUAUAGAGCCGGACAGCAGGCGUGCGAUGACGCAGGAGGUGGUUACGCAAUACUACCGAGCCCCCGAACUGCUGAUGGGGGCCAAGCACUACGAUGAGGCCGUGGACAUGUGGUCUGUAGGUUGCAUCUUCGCCGAACUCCUGGGUCGACGAAUCCUCUUCCAAGCACAGACGCCCAUCCAGCAGCUGGAGUUGAUAACCGAUCUUCUCGGAACGCCCACAUGCGCUGAGGAUUUGAAACACGCUUGCGAAGGAGCUCGAGCACACAUGCUGAGACGGCCGCAGAAACAGCCCUCUUUAGAACGUCUGUACACCCUCGGCUCGUAUGCGACUCCUGAAGCGGUGCAUCUAUUGACGCAGAUGCUCAUGCUCAACCCCGAAAGGAGAAUAACCUGUACAGAGGCACUGAACCAUCCUUACCUGGAUGAGGGUCGCUUAAGAUACCAUUCGUGCAUGUGCCGAUGCUGUACGACGACACCGCAGGGUCUGAGACAGUACGCCAUGGAGUUCGAACCCAGCGCGUUGGCGGUUUUCGACGAUUCGGUUGAGAAUUCACUCAAAACGGUCAUGCAGGUCAAAGAAAAACUCCAUAAAUACGUCUCCGAACGUUGUCUGACGACAGGGAGAGUACCGCUGUGUAUAAAUCCGCAAUCAACGGCAUUCAAAUCGUUCGCAAGUUCUACUGUGGCACACCCGUCUGAGCUUCCUCCGUCACCUCACCAGUGGGAUUAAGUUUUCGAGUGUCCAGCUUGUACAUAUACGAGACCGUCGAGUGAUGAUCGAUGGCAACCG